GGCUGGAGAUGGAAAAGAUGAUUAAACUACACUCUUCUUCCAAUCUCCGCCUAUCGCCACUGUCUUCCACCGCCUCAACCAUGGCGAUGUUCCUCCUGGUUCUUUCUUUUUCUGUCCCAAAUUAUGUCAAUGCUGUAAAAUCUGAUUCAUUCACCCCACAAGAUAGCUUCCUUCUUGAUUGUGGCGCCACCACCUCCACCACCCUCCCCGGCCAAAGGGUGUUCUUGAAUGAUCAAGAAACCAGCAAAUAUUUGGCCUACGAAGGACGAGAUAUAAAGGUUUCUGUCACCUCCGCUGAUGUUCCUUCACCAGUUUAUCUGUCGGCUAAAAUAUUUGAAUCCAUUGCAACGUACACUUUCCAUGUAACCAGGCCGGGUUGGCAUUGGAUUAGGCUCCAUUUUUUCCCAGUCGAGAACAGUGAGAAGGAUUUGAAGAAUGCGCAAUUUUUAGUCAAGACGAAUGAUUUGGUACUAAUCCAUGAAUUUGAAAAUACUGGAAACACGAGCUGGUCUAUGAGGGAGUACCUUGUCAAUGUGACAAUAGAGAGAUAUUCUGUUGUAUUCCAACCUAAUAAAGACAGUGUGGCUUAUGUUAAUGGAAUUGAAUUCGUUUCAGCUCCCGAUAUUCUUAUUGGCGAUGUUGGGUCGAUGCUUUUCCCCAAGGGACAGUACCACGGGCUAGGCCACAACGCGUACCAGACGAUGUACAGGUUGAACGUGGGAGGCAAUUCUGUCACCCCACAGAAUGAUACCCUUGGAAGAACCUGGGAACCUGAUCGUACAUAUAUCGAUCCAAGUGUUACUGCCUCGAAUGUUUCUGUCUCUCCCAGUAUUAUUACAUAUCCUGAGGGGGAGUCGCCCUUCAUUGCUCCACCUGUGCUUUAUGCAUCCGCCACUCAAAUGGCGGAUGCCAACGUUCUGGUACCUAAUUUCAACAUCACUUGGAGAAUGAACAUUGAUACUUCAUUCACCUACCUGGUUCGUUUGCAUUUUGCUGAUAUCGUGAGCAAAUCUGUAAAUGAUCUCUAUUUCAAUGUAUUCAUUAAUGGAAAGCCAGCGAUUACCGGGCUGGACUUGACCACCGUGGCAGGUGGCUUGACGGCAGCUUAUUAUGCUGAUUUUGUGAUGAAUUCUUCCAUGGUGGACAAUGCCAACCCGAUGACUGUUCAGGUUGGACCGAUGAAUGAAAAUACCGGUACAAGAAAUGCACUUCUCAAUGGUCUUGAGGUUUUCAGGAUGAACAAUUCCGUUGGUAGCCUGGAUGGAGAAUAUGGUGUUGAUGGGAAGUCGGCUGAUGGGCCAGGCCGUGGUACCGUGGCUGCUGUUGGAUUUGCAAUGAUGUUUGGAGCAUUUGUCGGUUUAGGUGCAAUGGCUGUCAAGUGGCAAAAGAGGCCACAAGAUUGGCAGCAGAGUCAUAGCUUUUCGUCUUGGUUGCUUCCGCUCCAUGCUGGAGACACGACCUUUAUGUCAAACAGUAAGACUUCUUUAGGCUCUCGUAAGAGCCAAUUCUUCUCAUCGACUUCGGGAUUAGGCCGAUACUUUUAUUUAGCAGAGUUGCAGGAGGCAACCAAGAACUGGGAUCCAAGUGCAAUCAUUGGUGUUGGUGGCUUUGGCAACGUCUAUAUAGGAGAAAUCGAUGAUGGACUGAAGGUCGCCAUUAAACGAGGCAAUCCACAGUCCGAACAAGGGAUUAAUGAGUUCCAGACAGAGAUUCAAAUGUUGUCCAAGCUUAGACAUCGCCAUUUGGUGUCGUUGAUUGGAUAUUGUGAUGAAAACUCGGAGAUGAUUCUAGUUUAUGAGUACAUGUCCAAUGGACCUUUCCGCGACCAUAUUUAUGGGAAGGAUUUACCACCCCUAUCUUGGAGGCAAAGGCUCGAAAUCUGCAUCGGGGCUGCUCGUGGGCUCCACUACCUGCAUACUGGCACGGCUCAAGGCAUCAUUCAUCGUGAUGUCAAGACCACCAACAUCUUGUUGGAUGACGAUUUCACAGCAAAAAUGGCUGAUUUUGGGCUGUCUAAAGAUGGUGCAACAGGUGGUGAGCAAACUCACGUGAGCACGGCUGUUAAAGGAAGCUUUGGGUACCUCGACCCCGAGUACUUCAGGAAACAGCAGCUCACGGAGAAGUCUGAUGUGUACUCAUUUGGGGUUGUCCUAUUCGAGGUCUUAUGCGCCCGUCCUGCCAUCAACCCUGCAUUGCCAAGAGAGCAAGUAAACUUGGCAGAAUGGGCAAUGCAAUGGAAGCGAAAAGGUCUAUUAGACAAAAUCAUCGAUCCCACACUAAUCGGGCACAUCAACCCCGAGUCAAUGAAGAAAUUUGCAGAGGCUGCAGAAAAAUGUUUGGCUGAAUAUGGGGUCGACAGGCCUAGUAUGGGCGACGUCUUGUGGAACUUGGAGUACGCUUUGCAACUUCAAGAAGCCUCGUCCAAAGGAAAUACUGACGAAGAAAAUAAGGCAUUAGCCACCCCGGCCUCUCCUGCUAUAGUCCCUCCUGCAGCUUCUACCACAGACAACCAGCCUCUUUCUCUACCUUUGGAAAGUAACAACCCGGCUGAAGUACAAGUCAUUGAGGAGCACUCUGGAACAGCAAUGUUUUCACAAUUUGCCUCGCUUAGUGGGCGAUAAUUGAACGUUUAUUAGAUGAUCGAGCGGAAAUCUAGAUGGUAUAUAUAAAAUUACCACAUAAAAGUUGAAUUCCAGGUUGCCUGAUCUUUUGUAUUCUCAACUUGUGUGUUAUAUGGUGUAAUUUAAGUAAUUUUUCAUUUUAGAUGUAAA